GUCCCCGCAGCUUUACUUAAGGAGAUGCAUAAGGAAUUCGGGUUUGAAGAUUUGACGGUGGCUUAUGGUAAACUCCUCUCCUUGUCUAUUUAGAAGUUUACUUCUUUAAUACAUGAACUAGGAAUGACUGAAACAUCCCCGAUCAGCUUCAGGUCUCGAUCAGCAGAGCAGCUGAGUGAUGCGGUAGUGCAUAGAGAUAUCCUUCCUCACCCAUUUGCCAAAACCAUCGAUUCAUCGAGGAAUAUUGUGCCACAAGGAAUACGCGGCGAACUCUGUAUCGCGUAGUCCGGCGUGCAAAAUGGAUACUAUCAGAAUCCUGAAAAGACUCGUGAGGCGCUUAUAACUGAUCCCUCCGGGGUUGUGUGGAUGCCAUUUCUCAGUCUUGUGUCGUCGGGGUCAAGACAAAACUUUAGGCGAGGAAGUGGUAGCUUUUCUACAAAGCACUCCCGGUCAGCCGCGCCCUUCUGCUUCUGAGAUCAUUGAGUGGUUAC